AUGUUCAAAAGAGCUUUCUCCACCUCGCGUGCCAACCUUGUCAAGUGCUAUUUCGACAUCGCCAUCAAUGGCGAGAAACAGCCUCGUGUCGUGUUUGACCUGUACGACAAGGUCGUUCCAAAGACCGCCGAGAACUUCAGAGCACUGUGUACCGGCGAGAAGGGCUUUGGAUACAAGGACUCCAUUUUCCACAGAGUGAUUCCUAGCUUCAUGUUGCAGGGUGGAGACAUCACCCACUUCAACGGGUACGGCGGCCGGUCGAUCUACGGCGAGCGGUUUGCCGACGAGAGCUUCGAGAAGAAGCACUCCAAGCCGGGUUUGUUGUCCAUGGCCAAUGCCGGUCCAAACACCAACGGAUCGCAGUUCUUCAUUACCACGAUCCCAUGUCCAUGGUUGGACGGUGCCCACGUUGUUUUCGGCGAGGUUGUCGAGGGAUACGACACCACCGUCAAGAAGAUCGAGAGCAUUGGCUCCGACUCCGGCCGUGUUGCUGGCGAGGUCAAAAUCGUUGACUCUGGCGAGUUGAAGGAAUAA